AUGAACGGCCACUCUCAGCGCUCACAUGAGCCUGUGAUGAGUAAGCAGGAUGAGGAUCUGAUGCAGCUCACGCUGCAGCUCAGAAACAAGAAAGAAGCAGAGAAAUAUGCCAAGUAUCACGGCGACAAACUGAUUGGAAACCCCAUUGCCCCCAAGGUUGGCUUAUGGGAAGAUGUCAAAUCCGUGUUCUCCAAGUCAAGCAACUGGCCCGCCUUGAAGAGAACGGCAGAUGGCAUCAUUAAAGGCACUGGACUUGAUGGACAGAGUCUUGCGACUAUCGCUGGCAGUCUUUCUGACUACAGUGUUCAACGCCAAAAGUUAAUCGAUGGCCAAGUCAAAGACAAGUACGACAAGAUGCUGCACCCGCCUUUGACAUACCUUGGAGAUGCAUUCCAGUAUAGAACUGCUGAUGGCAAGUUCAACAGCGCCAUGAAUCCUCAUCUCGGUCAAGCUGGUGCUCCAUAUGCCAAGACUGUUCCGUCAAAGACCGCACCAUUGGGAGCUCUUCCUGAUCCCUCUGAUCUCUUUGACAAGCUCAUGGCACGAGAGGAAGGCGGCCGAGAGAGCAAGUCUGGACUCUCUGCCAUGCUCAUCUAUCACGCAACCAUCAUUAUCCAUGACAUCUUCAGAACCAACGACAACGACAAGAAUAUCUCCGAUAGCUCGUCGUAUCUUGACCUGUCCCCACUCUAUGGAUACACCACAGAGAUGCAGCGCAAGGUCCGAGAUGACAAGUUCAAGCUUGGUCUCUUGAAGCCCGAUACGUUUGCUGAGGACCGUCUACUUCGACAGCCACCUGGCGUCUGCAUCAUGCUCGUUAUGUAUAACCGCUAUCAUAACUAUGCUGCAAGACAACUUCUCCGUAUCAACGAGAAUGGCCGCUUCAGGGUUCCAGCCAUGUACGAGAAGACCAAACUGGUCUCUCUGAUCAUGGAGCAUCUUCCUGAGAAGGACCAGUACGGCCAAAAGCUUCCAUUGGAUGACGAUGUUAAGGAGAAGUGUAAGAAGUACGAGAAACUCUGGAGAGAUGUCCGCGCAGCUAGGCCUGGCGAUGCACCUUACGCUCCCCCCAAGACACCCCAUGAGACAGAAAAGGAGAAGGAGAAGCGAGAGGAAGCCGAGAAAAAGCGACAAGAUGCUCUGGAAGAGAUUGAGAAGUUCAACAAGUCUAAGCUGAACCAAGAGUUGGAAGACCUGACCAACGAUCUCAAGCUUCUACUCAAGAAGAAGACUUUGAAGCUCAAGGAUCGCGAUCCCCAAGCAGCUAAGGACUUCGAAGCGGCAUGUGAUGAGUUCAAAGAGGCCUGGGAAGCAGCCUGGAACAAACAAGACGAUGACCUCUUCAACACAGCCCGACUCAUCACCUGCGGCAUGUACAUUCAGAUCUCAGUCCACGACUAUCUGAGAGCGCUCAUGGGCUUCCACCAGUUCGACACCAACUUCACGCUUGAUCCUCGCGCCGACUUUGAUCAGAAGAAGACGAGCCGUGGUAUUGGUAACCAGGUCACAGUCGAGUUCAACCUUCUCUACCGCUUCCAUUGUGCCAUCUCUCUCAAGGAUGAGAAAUACACUGAGGACUUUAUGAAGAAUGUUUUACACUUCAGGGACCCCAGUAAUACUUCUCUUCCUGAGUUUCUGGGUACCAUGGCUGCUGUUAAGCAGAAGGCUGCUGAGGAUCAUAAGUAUGGUAAGAGGGAGCCUGAGCCAUGGGAGGUAACCUUUGGUAUCCCUGAUGAGGACCCGGCACCUGCGGCUGGGGCUGGCUCUUCAGGCAACACUUCGGACAGUGGUAUCGCUCUCAACGGUGCUUCCAACAAUGUCAGCGCGGAGAAGGUCACCGAGUCUAGGCAUUUCACUCGCAACCCCAUCACCAACCUCUUCGAUGACAGCCAGAUGCUCAAGGAGCUUACUUCAGCCAUGGAUGACCCCAUCUCCAACUUUGGUCCUCGCAACGUUCCCAAGUGUCUCAAAUCGGUUGAGAUCAUGGGUAUCCUUCAAGCUCGUCGAUGGGAGUGCGGAACUCUGAAUGACUUCCGAGACUUCUUUGGCCUGCCCAGACACCAGUCUUUUGAGAGCGUCACAAAGAACGCUGAGAUCCAGAAUGCGCUCCGAGAUCUUUAUGAGCACCCCGACAAGAUCGAGCUCUAUCCUGGUAUCUUUUGCGAGUCUGAUGAGUACAUGGGUCUGGACCCCGGUCCCAGUGAGUCCAGCUCUGCUCUUUGGUCAGCCAUCUUCUCCGAUGCCAUUACCCUUGUCCGAUCUGAUCGCUUCUACACCGUUGACUGGAACACCAACUCUUUGACGUCCUGGGGUAUGAAAGAAGUCACCCCCAACAACGAGAUCUGCAAGAGUUCAGUCUUCCACCGUCUCCUUCAACGUGCUUUCCCAGGCUGGUUCCCGUCCAACACCAUCCGUUUCUUCCAUCCUUUCUACACAGCCGAGCAGAACGGCAAAUAUGCCGAGGCUCAAGGCUAUGGAGACUGGUUCAAGGAGACGGUUGAUCACCCGAAGGUCGCUGUCGCUGCUCCAGUGCAGAAGCCCGAGAAGCCGUUAUAUCUCAGCAAGUUCGAUGACAUCAAGAUCAUCUUGCAGGGCGAGAAGGCCAAAAACUUCACAAACUCCGCGUUUUACUACAAGGCAAACCUGCCUCCAGUAGUCAGAGACGUGUUGACCACGGUGAAUGGGAAGCUCGACCCCCAAUACACACCCGCGAUUGACGAUUACGUCAAGGAUGUGGAGGCAGACUUGAAGAAGUAUCUUGACGAUCAAAUGAGACAUAUUGUCAAGAGAGAGUCGAUCUCUAUGACCAACUCGACUUUCCAGAUCGAUGCUACUCGAGACUUUGCCAUCCCUGUUGUCACCCGAUAUGUCGCCGAUUUCCUCGGCUUCGGCAACAAGCUCUUCAAGGACCCUACCGAGUCCAAGGACACGUACAGCGAGAACGAGAUUUAUCAGCACAUCACAAACUGCCAGAUCUUCCUCUCGUACAACGCUGACGAGACCAAGUGGUUACAGCGUCGUGAAGCUUUCAAGGCUUCGAUGAAGAAGCUCAUCGAGCUUACCCAGAGAGGUACCAUCUGGGAGGCAGGACAGUGGGACAUCACCAGGGCGCUGUUUGGUAAGAAGGAGACUAAUGCUAUGCAUGAUCUUGGAGUUUUUGUGGCGAAGCAGGUUUUAGGCUAUGAGAAGGAACAGAAGAAAGCGGCUGCUAUUCUUCUUCUCAUUUGUCUUGACUUUGCUUACAAUGCAGUCGUCUCGUUCACUGCUACGCUGGAUGGCUACAUGAAGGAUCUUUAUGCAGCGGCUGAUGGUCGUCCACAUUUCAUGCUAGGCCUGCGUCAUGACACCCGGCCACAAUGGAUUCAAGUCCAGGAGUGCGUCUUCAGUGAUAAGCCAAACGCUGAUGAGCAUCUUGAGAGGAUGGUCCAGACAAUGGCACGAAUCACAGUUCGACAGCCCAUUGUUCGCAAGGCUCUUGAAGAGGGCAAAUAUAACUUUGCUGGUGUGGAAGGAGGAAAACAGGUUACUAUCAAGAAAGGCGAUGCUGUUAUCCUCGAUCUUGCCAAGGCCGGCGACGAAGAAGAUGUAAAGAACAGCCCAGAGAAACGGCAGCUCUUACUGGCCCAGCUCAACAUCGCUGACAAGUUUGGCGUCUUUGCACCCCGACGUAUUGUCACCAUCUCUCUCACCUCGAUGAUCAAGUUCGUCGCUCAGAUGAAGAACCCUCGUCGUGGUCACGAUGCACAGGGCAAGCUUAAGAGGAUCAAUCUUGACUCUACUCCCGAGGGUUACGCCAAUUACAUGGCUCCUGGACGAGUCAGCUGGAUUCAGAAACAGGCCGAGAAGCUGAAAGGCCCAGGAGAGGCAGAGGAUAUUGUUACCGAAGGCGAUCUGCGGCCGCAGAGUGACACGUAUCUCACCCCAACUUGGGAUGAGUUCGUUCCCUUCCCCAUGACAUGGAAGAUUCGCUUCGACGGCUUUGGCGAGUCGGACUACAAGGUUGGCACCAAUGAAUACGGUAGAGUCAAGACGAUGCCUACGCUUCCUGAUUUCUGUCCUCCGUGGUAUCAGCCUCAAGGUCCUAGCACAGAAGGAGGUGCUUUCGCUUCUACCGUCUGCAUUUGUGCUGGUGAAGGAUCUGGAAAGGGUGAGGUUGAUGAAAAGGGCGAGAAGGUCCACAAGAAGGGUUGUCCUUGUGUUGGAGGUUCCAAGAAGAAGCAUAAGCUGAAGACGGCCCAGCUUUCGACGGGCUGUGGAUUGAGUGAUAACUGUGUUCAUAAGUAG